UGAGGUUUAGAUGCUACUUCAAUGCUCCAAUUUUAAUCAUGAAUCUUUUGGCCUUGAUUUGCUUUUUGUUAAGUUUGAGUACUCUCAAUUCCCGAGUCGCAAAUGAAAUCAACAUUGAGUUUGUUAAACAAAACGAAAACCUGUCGGGAAAUGCGCCCAGUCCUCCCCCUCUGUCAAAUCGGACCCUAUCCUCUAUCGUGAAUGGGCUAGAUAGUCCUCGGAGACAGUUCUUUGUACGAAUCAAGUACAGGCUGAGCUUCUGUGGGGGAAGUGUUAUCAACGAGAGAUUCGUCCUCACAGCUGCUCACUGUGUCGCUUCUCUGCUGCCACGGCAGUUGACUGUGGAGGUUGGGGACCACUCAGUGCCUGAUUCGUUCUUGACAAACUACUUUGCGGACGCGGUGUUCAUCGCACCAGGAUUUGAGUUCAGCGAUACGCCAGUGAAUGACUUGGCUCUCGUGCGAACCAGAAGUCCCAUAGCUCACGGAAAUCAGAUAGCUCUCCCCAUCUGCCCAGACCUCAUUCGGCCAGACGAUAUGCCCAGUACUUUCCUCGGCUUCUGUGGAAUGGGUGCAACCUCCUCGCGGUCCUACUCUUUCCCACCUACUCUUCAGGAGACUUUUUUCAAACAGAUUCCUUUCGAGACAUACGGUCUCUUUCAAUUCAACUUCUGCAGACAUGACCUUGUAUGCACCAGUCCACUGUUGGGCGAUGACGCACACAUUGCAGUGAUGGACGAGGGAGGACCACUCUACAUUCUAGACUGCGAGGAAUUUCUGGAACCUCCCCGAUGUCUUUACGGAGUUGCCACCUAUUCUCGCAACCGAAAUCAGGAACACAAUGAGGAGGGGUACGGGCCAGGGAGCUACUUUGUUCGAGUGGGUCUCUUUCUCAGCUGGAUAGACCAUGUCAUGCAACACAACCCUGGGGGAGGCAGCGGUCGGAGAGGGCCAAUGGGUGAUGACUGA